UCAAAUCCAAUCUUCCCAUGUUAUUCUCAAACCUUGUUCAUUUUGUUUCAAGAAUCUAUUGACUAAAUUUAUGAAAAUUUCUCUACAUGUUGUGAGAUCAGUUAGAUGGAUUCAAGAAAAAGGUUAUCAUAUAACAUAAUUUGAGCCUGAACAAAUCAAAAGAUUAGGGAGAUAUGGAUAGAGACAAUAAUACAGAAAAAGACCCGCGAUGCACACAAUUCACAGUGAUGAAGGUCGCGAAUAUCGCGGUGAAUAUGUUGGUUUUCAUCAUCAUAUUAGCGUUGUGCAAUGUUUUGCACAUGAUAUUACGCCCUUACUCCCAACCUCGCAUCAUUUCUGAAGCCAUUGUAGGAUUCGUUUUGAGCAACCUACCAUUUCUACGUAACAAUUUCGACGAAGAUGCCAAUAUGGCGCUUGGCUAUGUAGCCGAGUUUGGGAUAAUCUUACACAUGUUUGUUAUGGGUCUUGAAAUAGAUCCUAAGAUAUUUACUCGGUUACCAAUUCGUGAACUGAAAGUGGCAUGUAGCGGGUUAGUAUUGACUUUUCUGCUAGCGGUUUUUGUGACCCCAAUGUUAAAUCUAAGUUAUGAGUCAAAUAUUGAGUCUGAUGUCUUCAUCUCACUCAUGGUAGCGGGUACAGCCUCCCCUCUCCUCACACGUAUCGUUAACGACUUCAAGAUUGCGAAAUCUGACAUUGGUCGCUUCUUGAUUUCUACUGCUGUCCUAUCUGAUCUCAUUUGCAUUCUUGUAUUGACUAUAGCAUAUAUAGUUUUUGAUCCUGUCGAAGGUUUUGCACUCCGGUCAACAAAAGAGAUCCUUCUUAUGGUUGGAGUUCUAGUAGUUCAGCAGAUUUUGGCGGCUAAAUUCAUCCCGUUACUUAUGAGGUGGGUGGAUAGUCAAAAUCCGCCUGGCAAGUUAAUGAAAGGUUCACACUUGAUCGUCUCAAUAGCAAGCCUAGUUCUCGUUUGUAGUCUUUCACCACUGAUUGCACGUUUCAACAUGAUGUUAAGUUCUUUUUUGGCUGGAAUUGUCAUGCCUCGAGAUGGGAGGUUAUCAAAGUUGUUAAGCGGCAAAGUCAAGUACUUCUUCGGACUUCUCUUCUUUCCGGCGUUCAUGUUUUGGGUUGGUUUUGAAGUUGACUUCUCUGAAUUCGAUGCUGGCGACCCACUCACAUGGGCUAGCAUAUUUUUCCUCUUUGCAGUAAUACUUGUGGGAAAAAUUUUAGGGAGUGUUAUCUGUGGGGUUAUUUUAGGGUUUCAUUGGCAGGAUUCGGUUGCUACAGGUUUGCUUCUUGGCAUCAAGGGCCACUUCCAUAUCUUCGUCGCCAUCUUGGCCAAGCAAAGAAGCAUAAUUAGUCCUUCCAGCAGCAUUAUUAUGAUAUUGGUUUGCUUCCUCACAUUCAUCUAUGCCCCGAUGGUCGUUAAGAACAUCAUAGAGCGUGCAAGAAAACGAUCACCAACACAAUUAAUGGCACUACAAUGGCUUAAUCCAUCAAAUGAGUUGCGAAUAGUACUAUGCAUCCAUGGUCCUGAAAACGUCCAAUCAGCCAUUAACUUCAUGGAAAUCUCACAUGGACAAAUGGAACCCAGAAUGAUGGUCUAUGUGAACGAUAUGAUUGAGUUGACAGAAACCACAGCCUCCACAGUGGCACGUGGAGAAGGGGUGGAUGCAAUGACCAUAACGGAUCAAGGUGUUGUAGAAAUGAGAGAAAACAUCACCAACACGAUUGAUACUUAUGUUAAGGACCAAUGUGAAGGGAUUGAUGUACGAAGGAUGCUUACACUUUGUCCUCUCGCAACUAUGCAUCAUGACAUUUGUACACUCGCAGAGGAUUUGUUGGUUUCGUUGAUCAUCCUCCCGUUUCACAAGAAUCAGCAACCAGAUGGGAAGUUAAACACCAACUAUUUAGGGUUCCGAAGUGUCAACAGAAAGGUCCUAAGGCACGCACCGUGUUCAGUUGGGAUUUUGGUGGACAGGGGUCUCGGAUCUACCCAAUUAUCGAGAGCAACAAAAUGCAUCACUGCAGCCAUCAUUUUCAUAGCAGGCAAAGAUGACCGUGAAGCACUUGCCUAUGCUGGUCGAGUGGCCCGACACCCUGGGGUGAAACUCACAGUCAUAAGAUUCCUACUAGACACUAAUGGAAACAACGUAUCAUCAAGGAUUACACGGGCCCGGGCCAACACAACAGAAUUUGAGGAAGAAAUGAAGCAAGAUGACGAGUACUUUGCAGAUUUUUAUGAUAGACAUGUAGCCACAGGACAUGUUGCAUACAUGGAAAAGUACCUUUCACAUUCAGGUGAAACAUAUUCAACAAUCAAGUCAUUGGAAGGAGAAUAUAGUUUAUUUAUCGUGGGACGAGGGUCAAGAGUUAACACAACUUUAACAGCUGGUAUGAAUGACUGGGAAGCCUGCCCUGAGUUAGGUCCGAUUGGAGAUAUUCUAACGUCUUCCGAUUUCUCAACUACAGCUUCUGUGUUAAUUAUCCAGCAGCAUAAACUCAGGGGAAAACUUCAGGGCCUACAUGAAGAGUUCUCUAUAAUGUAAUUUGUUAGGAAAAGAACUUUUGGGCAUUUCAAUUGGUAUAAAUGUAAAAUGGCAAGAAUGAAACACACUAAUGGAGAUGUUCCACUACAAUAGUUGUUUCUAGGACAAUACAGUUGAGUAGGCAAUUCUCACCCAUUUACUGAACAGUGAGCUGAUUCGGAUUAUGUCCUCAUCUCUGGCCAGUCAAAUAACAAGAAACAUGUUACAAGUCACCUAAAGCAUAUGCUUAAUCCAUAAAACCAC